AUCCGAAAAUCAUAACAUCCACGACCACCGUGUAUGUAAUUACGGAACCGUAACCAUGGUGGAAUGAUGCUUGCUUUGUUUUUUGAUUGUGAGCGAGGCUAGAUGGGCUGCUGUUGUUAAUAAUAGUUUUGCCAACAGGCCAGACUGACUUCUUUCUUGUUGUUGACUCUGUUGUGUAUGAACCUAUCACUACGGUAGGUCCAUUUUAUGGGCUUUACCUUGUUUUGAGAGGAAGCUGUACAUAAUCACAAUGGUGCAAAUCACUGUAGAUCUGAUCCGGCGUCGGGCUGAGCACAAUAACAUGGAGUUGUCUACACUGGAAGAAGUUUCAUUACAUCAGCAAGAUAUUGAAAAAAUUGAAUUACUUGACAAAGUUUGUAGAGAGCUAAAGAUUAUUUACUUGCAAAGCAACUUAAUACCAAAAAUAGAAAAUGUGAAACGCUUGAAGAAAUUGGAAUAUCUCAACCUUGCUUUGAACAACAUUGAAAGGAUAGAAAAUCUUGAGGGUUGCGAAUCAUUGAAGAAAUUAGACCUGACAGUUAACUUUGUCGGGGAGCUAACAAGCAUUGAAUGUCUGAAGCAGAACUAUAAUUUGGAGGAAUUGUUCUUGACUGGCAACCCCUGUGUUGAUUUUGAUGGUUAUCAGGAAUAUGUGAUUGCAACUCUUCCACAACUUAAGCGUUUGGAUGGUGCCGUUGUAGAGAAGUCUGCAAGAAUCAAAGCUGUCCAAGAUUUGCCCAGAGUCAGGGCCAACAUCAUCCAGCAGCAGAAGGAAUACCAUAUAAGAAGGGAAAGAGAAAAGAAAGAAGAGGAGGAAAAAGAAGCUAGUAAAUUAAAUAAGAAACCAGGUUUUGAUGGCAGAUGGUACACUGAUGUAAAUUCACAUAGUGGAGUACAAGAUAUGAAAGAGGAGGAAGAUGGGUUAGAUGAUGACAAAGAUGAUGAAGAAAAUAGCAAAUUUUGGGAAGAAAAAGUUGGAUUUACUCCAGAGUCUCGGAAAGCAGUUCAUGAACACGUCCGGAAACAACGGGAAAAAGAAGACAUUAAGAGAAAUGGCCCUGAACCAAAGAAACGUGUUGUGCGUUUAGUUGGAGAUGAUGGCAGAAUAUUAAACGUGAACGAAGCAAAAUUGGAUUUCACAUUAACAGAUAGUGAAGAUGGCAGUUCGUUGCUUCUUGAUGUUGCAUGUUUUAAACACCUUGAUACAUCACUAAUGGAUACUGAUGUCCAACCAAACUAUGUAAAGGUCAUUGUUAAAGGAAAGGUUUUGCAACUUGUUUUAUCAGAGGAAGUUAAACCAGAUUCCAGUUCAGCUAAAAGGUCACAAACUACAGGUCACCUCCUUAUAGAGAUGCCAAAGCUUCAUCCAAGGAAACCUGGCAGAUUAUUGCCAUGUGAAUAUGGAAAUAAAAACAAUGAUGGAGAAAAAAAUAAAAGGAACGAGAUUGAGCGCUUAGAAGUAGACCCAUCAGCUGCAAAGACCAUUGACUUGCUAGUCACUCAGACUAAGUGCCUUUCCACUAACAAACCUUAUAAUGGUAAACGACAGAAACCAGCUAUUGAACGUCCAAACAGCCACGACUUCAUUGAUGACCCAGAUGUCCCUCCAUUAAUAUGAAUGACUGAUAAAUGUGGUGCAGCUAUGAAUUAGUGAUCACUGGAAUUAGUGGUGCUUGGCACUUACCCAUUGCUUUACAGUAGUCUGUGUUGACACUACCAAUGAGAUGUUUGUAUAUUUUGAAUUUAGGCAGUCAGAGAAAAUGUCCCCCUCAGCUCAAAUGGUAACUGAUCAAGAAAUAUAGUCACACUACAAGUAAGAUUUGACCACAAGAAAGACUGAUAAAUGUGGUGGCGGAAUUAGUGGUCACCUCACGUUGCCAUACGGCCAUUUGAUUUAGUGGUACUUGGUAUUAACCCACUGCUUUACAGUAGGUUGUGCUCACACUACCAGUUAGAGGCAAGUGCAGGAUUCAGAAUGAUCAAAGGAUCAACUGAUCAAGAAAUAUAAUCAUACCACAAGUAAGAUUUGGUACCUGUAGCUUUUAGUGGUGCAAUACUACCAAUGCUCAAAACUUUAAUUGAAAAAUGCCAUAACAAAUACAUUAUGUCUCUUUUAUUUAUAUCUCGUCGUACACAUUCAAUAGCAACUGUACUUGUAAGCAAGAUGUUGGAAGUACUAUUAGAUAGUGUGUAGAAUGUUUUACAUAUUUAAAAAAAAAAAUGUAUAGUUAUAUUCAGCAUUAUAAAACAUAAAAGAUUAAGAGAGUAGUUUUAGCAACAUCGUUUGUAGUUGUGUUGUCAUGUGAGUCUUAAUAAACAGAAAGUUUAUGACUACAA